GUCACAGAUCUGUGACGCAUCUUAAGAAGCAUCAAGAACAAGUUGAAUUCGGAAUAAAAUGGGAGUUAUACAAUUAUGUGCAUUCCUUGCGCUUUGCGUUUCAUCUUCAGUACUUCAAAGUGCAUACUGUAAAGACUGUGCUCCUCCACCUCAUGUAAAAGAUGGAUUAAUUUUGGCCAAAUGGCAGAAGACAUACCGUGACGAAUCUACAUUAACCGUUGCCUGUCGUGAAUCAUAUGAAAUUCAAGGGGAUAAAGAAAUUGAUUGUCAUAAUGGAGAAUGGAGCCCAAUCCCUCGAUGUGUAGAGAGAGAAAAGUGUGGAGCUCCUGUAGCAGUAGAACAUGCAACUGUGGUUAAACAGAAUCAAAAGGAAAUUUCUUAUCGGUGUGACGAAGGGUAUGAAUUGAAUGGGAACAGCAAAGUAACCUGUAAUAAUGGACAAUGGACUGCCAGUCCAGUUUGUUCACCUGUAUCUUGUGGAUCACCUCCAGCUGUGGCAAAUGCAUUUCUGAUAAGCCAGAGUACUAAUAAAAUAGAAGCUACUUAUCAGUGUAACCAUGGUUACAUAUUGACUGGCCCCAAAAAAGCAACAUGUCGUAAUGGGCAGUGGACCUUCCAAUCUGAAGGUCUUCCAACUUGUUUACGUAUCGAAGGAGCACAAGGCAAUCCUGAGCCAAUUAGACCUGGUCAAGGUUGUGGAUCACCUCCAAAGAUUGACAAUGGCGACGUGAUUGAGAAUAAGAGAGGGGAAGCGACGUAUCAGUGUAACAGAUAUUAUACAUUUAUGGACAGGAAUCAUACAAUAUGUCAAAAUGGCCAGUGGCACGACCCUCCAACUUGUUUGCCUCCGUGUUCAAUACCACCAAUACCUGCCGAACAUAAUCUACAGGCUCCGAGUCAGACUAACUAUAUUCCACAGGGCGAGACUGUUUAUAUCCUUUGUAGAGCCAGAACUUACAGUCCUGUAAUGAGGCGAUUCCACGGCACAGGAUCCUGUAAGAAUGGACAAAUGAGCUACACGGGAUGCAUACCAUAUUAAAACUGAGAAGGUGAUCAUGCCGAAUGAAGGUUUUGCCGCAUUCGUCACACUCGUACCGCUUGUCAUCAUGAUGGACCCUAAGAUGUAGCCUGACAACAAAAAGAUUGCUGAGAAUUAUGAAAAGUUGAAGGUUGCACAGAUAUGAAUGCAUGGACGUAAUACGUAAAUAUUAAAGGAAACUCAAACAGCA